GCCGAAAUCAAUACCGAUAUUUCAGUUUCAGUUUCCAAUUCGCACGUUUUCCCGGAGGCAGUGGAUUAUGAGAACCGUUGAUAAGAAGCGUGUAUUGUUGCAUGAGUUUGAGCAAUAAUUCAGUUUUCCCCAAUUGACUAGUCCAGACCUCCUUUUGCUUUUAGCUCUAGCCAAAAAAAGAGGCGUUAAGACUGUGAUUUCAACAGAGGGUGUAUAUUCGGGAAAGCACAGCAACGGGCGUUAAAACCGAAGGAUGGAGAUCUGGCUAAACCCUAACCACCGACUCCCCUGCUGUAAGCUCCGGUAGUGUUUUGGGCAAAAUGCAUUGUAUUUGCCCAGCACCUAUCCAAAACACAAGCGAAAACACGGACCGCAACGAAUUGUUUGCGCGUGCUUGACAGUAAUUGUAGUCUCAAUGACUUCUUAAGCAUAGACCUACUGAUGGAAUAACGUAACCAAUUACCUACGCAAGGAAACCUUACAACGUCCGUUUUGUCACUCGAUUCCUUGUCUGAAAGAGUAUAAGGAAUGUUUGGAAAACAGAAACGAAGGCUGUUUGGUGUUCUUUCAUUACCGGUAAUUGUGGCAGUAAUGUGCUGUGCUCAAAGCGCCAAUGAACCAGGAAACAUGUCUUUUGUCAAAGAGACAGUAGACAAGCUGUUGAAAGGGUAUGACAUUCGUCUUCGACCAGACUUUGGAGGUGCACCGGUGGCGGUUGGGAUGAGCAUCGACGUGGCGAGCAUAGACAUGGUGUCUGAGGUCAACAUGGACUACACGUUGACCAUGUAUUUCCAGCAGUACUGGAGGGACAAGCGGCUAGCAUAUUCUGGGAUACCUCUAAAUCUCACCCUAGACAACAGAGUAGCUGAUCAGCUCUGGGUUCCUGACACAUAUUUCCUAAAUGACAAGAAGUCUUUCGUACAUGGUGUCACAGUGAAAAACCGAAUGAUCCGUCUGCACCCAGAUGGCACAGUUCUUUAUGGACUAAGAAUCACCACCACUGCUGCUUGCAUGAUGGAUCUGAGAAGGUAUCCAUUAGAUGAACAGAAUUGUACUCUGGAGAUAGAGAGUUAUGGAUACACAACAGAUGAUAUUGAGUUUUACUGGAAGGGAGGAGAAAAUGCAGUGACGGGUGUGACCCGAAUCGAGCUUCCACAGUUCUCCAUUGUGGACUACAAACUUGUUUCCAGAAAUGUUGUCUUUUCCACAGGUGCCUAUCCUCGGCUGUCUUUGAGCUUCAAGCUAAAGAGAAACAUCGGCUAUUUCAUUCUGCAGACCUACAUGCCCUCGAUCCUGAUCACCAUCCUGUCCUGGGUAUCCUUCUGGAUCAACUAUGAUGCCUCAGCAGCCAGAGUGGCAUUAGGUAUCACAACUGUGCUGACCAUGACCACCAUCAACACCCAUUUGAGAGAAACACUUCCGAAGAUCCCAUAUGUCAAAGCCAUAGACAUGUAUCUGAUGGGCUGCUUCGUAUUUGUCUUCUUGGCUCUGCUGGAAUAUGCUUUCGUCAACUACAUUUUCUUUGGACGAGGCCCACAGAUGCAGAAGAAAUUGGCUGAGAAAGCUGAGAAAGCAAAUAAUGACCGCAACAAAUAUGACAGCAACAAGUCUGUUCAGGAAGGAGGCAAUUGCAAGGUGUCAUCCCUUAAACAGUCCAAUCAGGUACAAGGCCACCAUCACUCACGAGGGGUGGACUCCCAGGGAAACAUCCUUCUGACCACCCUGGAGAUCCACAAUGAGGUGGCCGGGAAUGAGAUCACGACCAGCGUUAGCGAGGCCCGAAACUCCACUUCAAUGGUGUUCGAUAACUCAGGAAUCCAGUAUCGGAAGCAGAGCACAACGCGGCCUGAGACGGGCCGCCACAGCCUGGACAGGAACACACAGUCCAAGAAACCGCGGCUACGCAGGCGUUCUUCCCAGCUCAAAAUCAAAAUCCCUGACCUCACAGAUGUGAACGCUAUUGAUCGAUGGUCACGGAUAAUAUUUCCCUCUGUUUUUUCUCUUUUUAACAUGAUCUAUUGGUUGUACUACGUGAAUUAGGCCUCAGAUGUCAAUGAGGUUUUCCCUUCACAAUAAUUUUUCAUGUUGCCAAGUGGAAAUUUGAGAUUUCUUUUUGCUCUACGGGACGUACUUGUGCGCCAUAUGUACUAUUUCAAGGUUUUUCUACAUUUUAACCCUUGCGGUGUACCUAAGGGAUCCUAUGGAAUGCUACCUGCACUUAAACGUGCUGUUUACCAUGCCCAUACCCAAACAUAUGCACUCAAACAUUCCCAUGCACUCAAAUUCACGCUAAAUAAAUGUUCUAAUGACUAUCUCCGUACACGGAAGUUGAAUUUUGAAGCCACAGGACUUCUGCAUGAUGCACUCAGAGCUGUUUUUAAUUUGUACAGUCUGGAUAUAAAUUUAUGUAUUGCUUAUUCAUAUUGAGAGAUGAUUUUUGCAAAUGUUUCAUGCCAAUAAAUCUUAAUUGUCAGAGCACAGGAGAUUAGUAUUGAAAGAGCAUUAUAUUGUGGAAAUGCAACAUAAUGAGGGCUGUAGGUCAAAUUACGUCUUUUGUUUCAGAGCUUGCUUUUUAAACACAAGCUGUACUAAACUUUACACUCUGCUGUUAUGAUCUUAUUUAGACAAAGUUUGUGUAUAAUCAUGUUAUGAUAUGCUUUUGGAACUUGAUUUCCAUCUGCCUUGGUUUGAUGCCACUUUUUGAAAUCAUCAUGGAAAAUGCUUCAGUACAUGUAAGAUCAGACAAUAAUUUUACAUUCAUCUAAUUUCAAGGAUAUCAAGAAGAUAAAAAAAUGAACAAAAAACACUGGAAAUGUGGAAUAUUACCAUCAGGGCCUGCAAAGGAUUUCCAAGAUGCCAUCAUAAGUAUUAUAGGAUGCUAUCAACAUCAUACAUAAUUAGACAUACAUACCUGAUAUUGUGUUUCAGAUUUGUUGCUUUUUUUAAAGUAGAUGUGUAGCAAAUACUGUAUGAUUUUCAAGUGAAAGGAUGGAUGUGUUUUUCCCUCCUUUUUUAAGAAUGCUUGAGUCAGUAUUUUAUUAAGAUAUUAUUGUAGGCCUUAUGUAAACAUCAUAUGGCCAUUUACAAUGCUUGUUUGACCGAAUACAUUUGGGAAGGGUUAUUUUAGCAGAAGGUGAAAGGAAAAGCUCCUAAUGCAUUUCAGACAAUUGUACGUUGACAUCAAUACACAACUUGUCUCAGGUUCUCCUCCUACAACAUGAACAUUAUCCAUAUUUCUUAUUUUUUUGAUCGUCAGUAUUCAAAUCAUAUUUGUUGUAAUCAUUUGUAUUAUAUCCUUGUGUACAGCAACAAUGAUAACAUAGCAGAUUGUUCUUGACAUAGGGACAGCAUGAUAUUGUUUGCAUUUAGAGGUUCUAUACUGAUUGUAUUCAAUUUUGUUUGGGAGAUUUCUUUAACACCAUGCAGUCAUUAUGAGCACUUUUCCAAUUUUCAGGGACCGAAAACCUUGCUGUCUGGUUGGAGAGUAAUGCUGUAUACUCAACUCCUGCUUGCAUACAAUCUAAAUAUAUUUAUAAAUCUCUUAAAAAUAUUCUGUGUGAGCUGAUAACGUCAUUUUAACAGGUUGUUUGCAGUUACAUUGUGUCAGUAGAUGCUCAUUAAUACUUUAAUUCCUUUUCUUCCCUCUUCUAUUGUAUGUUGUACAUAUAUAACCCAUGAUUCAGAUGUGUGACCAAUUUCUUUAUUUUUCUUUUUUUCUAAUAUUCUGUUUUGAGGUUUUAUUCUGUAAAGUCAACCCCACAAAUCACCAAAUCACUAUUUAUGAAAUAUGUUUAAAUUAUUAGAUAAAUGAGGGGUGAAUGCCCAGAGGACAAUAUAAGGAAAAUGAAUAAACUUUA